CCACCCUCUAUCCAAUCGUCCUCUCACUUUUCUCUGCAUCCCACUUUCACAUGUACCAUUCUUCUCCGCACCCAACCCUUGUAACCUUUGUAUAUACCUUAAUAACCCGAAAAUCGAUCGCAAGACACGCCGUGUCGAUUCCCUCACCGACAUGGAUUCAUGGAAGGCAAUUCAUUCAAGCAUUCGCCCUCCACCUACUCAGAGGAAUCACUCGGUACUCGCUCCGGUCGUCGUCUUCGAUGCUGCACCCGCUAGUCCAGCACUGAGUACUUCUGAUUGUGGGCUCCUGAGCCCGCGUAUCGAUGUGGAGGCUUCAGGUUCCAAUGGGUCCUUCGUUCAGACUACCUCUCCUCUCGAGCAGUCACCUUCGGGGCGCUGGGCGACUAGCUCCAUACCCGGCGUGGACAUCCAAGCAGGAUCAGACAGUACUUCGGAAGCACUUCAACGCGAACCACCUUGUUCUCAGGCGUUUGUUCCAAGACCUCCUGUCCAAUUGCGUGUCUCAAUUAUAGUAGACCCCGAACGACAUUAUGAAAAGCUGGUGAAGGCGAAGGUUCAAAUUGUCCUUGUCUUGACGGCCCUAGUGCAGCUGCCUGAUCGCCGCGAGACAUGGGUGGAGCAAAGCAGAACGGAGCUCAUGGUAUUAGAAAAGGGGCGACACGAGGGUCACUUUGUCAAAGUGCUGCCACUUCAAAUUCAAGAAAGCUUUCUUGUCGUAGGGUUCACGCUCUUGCUCGUACCUCCGUCAAGCGCCAGCCAAAAAUUAAUCGCAGCGUUCCCUGGACUCGAUGGUCUGGUGCCUUGGGCAGAAACAUCGGUCGCGAUUGAACAUUUUGAUCUGGGAUCCUUUGGCGAAUCUGACGGCGAUAUUUUUCAUGAGAACAGCCAUUCUCAGACGUACCUCUCGUCAUUCUCUACCCCCCUCAUGGAGAUAUCUGCGCUGCCCGAUAUCGGACUGAGAAAGAGCAAGCAAACAGUUGCCACGUUGAGCGUUGUCGUGGAGGAAAUGCUGCCAAAGAUACUUCGGACAAAGGCGAUCGCGGAGAAACACAGGACUGGUCCUAGCUUCACGCAGACCUAUCAUGGACACACUGUUCGAGGGACUAUUGUGUAUGGUCGUGAGCACUUGUAUGAAUCCCCAUUAGCAUUCACUCUGCCUCUAAAGUUACUUCAGUUUCUUGCGCAAGAUGAGAGGAGAGUCCUAGAAGAAAUGGAGAGAGAGCCCGGUGUAUCAUUAUCCGAUAUGAUCCAAGCAGUGCCCUUGGAUCACCAGCCUAAUCCGAUCACGCGAGGUGCAAGCUUCCUGGACAAUUUGCGAAGGAGUACAGCACGGCCAAGCAUUACUUCAAAGGAGGAUGCGUCAAAGUCAACGAGAGCACGUCAGAUCGGCCUAUCGGAGGAGGAUUCGCAGCUUCAGAAGCUGCUCAGACAGCAGAUCAGCGCCCACCGUAAUAUUGAGGUCUACUACCAAGAAAUGACGUCCAAGGUUGAGCAACGGCUGAGAGAUAACCUGGAGAUUGGACAAGGAGCAUUUCGCAGAAGUUCCGAAAAGAAGGAAGAGUCGGUGCAAUGGAUCCCUUUGAACUGCUGUGUGCAGGAUUUGCUUGUCUACGAUGAUGGAUAUCAGACCAAUUACCAGACAACAACAGUUGGAGCCGCAGCAGCCCAUAACGCAGGAUUCACUCGAUGGGCUAAUCUACAAACGCUGAGCCAGGUACCUGCACUUGGUGCCUAUUGGGACGUUCAGGAGCGGGGAAACGACCUCAUACGGGACUUCAAGGCUCUGCAGGAGAUCCUCGCCACUUGCUCCUCUGAUUUCAACUCUCUCAUGGCCUCAGAAGAAGAUUUAAACGGACCAAGGAUCUGGGCGCUUCUCAAGGAAAUUAAGUUCUUGAACAAUGAGAUCGUAUCGUUUGGCAAUUUCCUUCUCUCCCAAUUCUUGACGACCAUGUCAACGGAGGGUAGCGCGCGUUUCGUUUGUGCCGAGAUCAGGAGUCUUAUCGAACGACUGAAGCAGAUCGACCUGGCCGAGAACGAGGCAGAACAGCAGGAUCCGACACAAGGACUUUCCUCAACAUGGCUGGCUCACUGCAGACGAUCUAUCAGAGAAACAGUCAGCUGUACACAGGACCUGAACAGCUUUGUUGUCAUUGCAGUCCAGCACGAGUGCCUGGUGACUGAUGCUGCGUUUGUGGCUACGCCGGAGUGGAUCAUGGUAAAAAAGACGCGCGAGUGCUGUCUUUCACAGAUUAUUACAGCACUAGCAACAUCUUUCCAAGCGGUACUGGAAGACUGGUGGACAAACAUGGCAGCAGCAUUGCAGAAGGAACAGAAAAUCACUGAACAAGAGCAGCAACGGCAAGACCAGCAUCAUCCAGAAUGUCGACGCUUUUUAUCUCGGGACAUGGACUUUAUCAGCGAAGAGAGCUCAAAUGUUGCAAGGGAAGACCGGGUCCAAGAAGAGGUGCCGACGUCGGAACCAUCCAUCAGAUCUCGCAACUCAAUCAAACGCAGAGGAAAGGGAAUAGCGGUCCGACGAUCGUCCCAGAGAUCAACAACAUCCAAUAACUCUUCUGUCGGCUCGGCUUCAAGCGCCUUGGGCGGCAUGGACCCCAAAUCACGAUCGAAAUCGACUCCCCGGCAUCCAUUGGAACACUCUCCUCAGGCAAAAGCCCAGAACAACCUUUUCUGGAACCAGCUGAUGACUUUAGGGUGGCUCGCGCAGAUCAGUAGCCUUCUUUCAACUCAAGGCAGCGAGCUGGGCAUGCUUCUGGAUUUUGCACAAGCAGUUGCCGAUGCACGAGAAACAGUUACGAUCAGCUUCCAUUGUCGGCCCCAGGUUCCUGCCAGCUUGCCAACAUCUCCAAGGAGCCCAAAAUCAACUUUAAGAGCAAAUUCGAUCGAUCUGGAUGAAAUUGGAGACAAUUCAAUACAGAUAUCCGGUCGCAGGGGGCGACUCACACUGUCGUUCGGCCUGGAGCCACAGCAGUUUUCGUUGCUGCCGGAUCAGCUGAAAGCGGGUAUCGCCAAGAUUCAGGUCUGGCCCGUACUCUUUUCCCAAGGAAUCAACGAGAUGCAGACCAUUUCCAAUCUGACUGGAAAAUCACCUCUACAGCGCUCGAUCAACGAAGAGGGACUUCGACAUAUGCAGAGCUAUGUUCUGCGCUACCUUGCUUGGCAUGCACAACAUCAAGCGGCUGCGGAGAUCAGUGAAGUGCUGCCCGAUAAGACUAGGGACAACCCUGCACGACCCUAUGCUACCUGGAAGAACCGUGCUAACCUUUCCUCGGUAUCGGUGAUGUCGAAUCUGAGUUCCGACUGGGAUAUGGUGUCACCUACAAAAGCCGAACUGUGGAAUGGUGAGCCCCUGGUAGCCGAGCUCCUGAAUCACUUGGAGAUGGCGGUGCUGGGACAUUCGGACGAGACAAGGUCGCUUUUAAGCUCCUCCGCGACAUCCCUGGACGAAGGCGGUUCUGAGGUCUUCAGCGAAACGACUAUUGCGGAAACUGUACCAGGUUCAGCACCAGGAAUCUUUGGGACGAUGGUAGAAUUUGGAACUUCCAAGCUGCUCAGCUUCAGGGGCUCGAAGGACACUUGCAUACUGGAGUGCGCGGAGGCACUCACCCGAGCCCUUGGCCAGAUCAAGACACUAGGUCAUGUCGAGGGUACCAGCAGUCAGUCAUGGAAAUCUAAGGGCAAGAGCGUGCAACCUGAUGGUUAUGUUUUUCAGGCGGAUAUGGACAGGUGCGAAUGCUUUACUCGAUCCCAAGACGCGCCCACGACAAUGUCAUUCACCUCCCUAUGGGUCACUAGCCACAUUUCUUCUUGCAAGAGCGCCAAGGACAGAACUUCGAUGUCGGUUACCUUAUCGCAAGCGAAUCUUCUAAGGGCAUGCCAUGGGCUGCAGACUGGUCCGGAGCAAAGCGGUGAAGAUGAUUGGCAGGCUAUUUUGGACGCGAUGAGGAGUGAGAUUGGAGUGCGGAUUAAAAAUGUGGAAAGGAACCUCAAGCUGGGGGACUUUGCAAAGGAUUUACUAUGGCUAUCUGCGUUUGGAUCUCCAGAACCGCAGCAGCAGCCCAUGUAUGCCUUUGACGCCUCAAGUAGCCAUUAUCAAGAGUCCGACUAUUCGCCUGACGCAAUCACCCUCGUUCGCUCGUUACUUCCUGGAACAACACAGCUGGACAUAAGCGGCAUUUUGACAGCCAAAUCAGAAGACGACAUGGAUGAGCCGGACGCGCGGGAAGACUCUGUCGAUUCGAUUGACGAUGAUGUGGCCUUGCUGGAACCUAACUCUCCGGAAUAUACGCAAGCGAGUGAUACUGUGGCAGGGACAUCUCAGCUGUUAUCUCCGAUUUUGCUGGAAUCUCCACCACCACCACAGAAACUUGUCAGGUCCUCAACAGGACCUGCGCUGGCGCCGGUCGUAACUCUGGAUACUAAUGUCGGCCAAGAGCAAGACAGCAAUCUAUCACUGUCCCCUUUUUCUGGGUCGCAGGAUGCUCUCGUGAAGCCCAUGAAUAUCCCUGAUGGACAUCCUCAAGAACAAGAACAGACCAGGAUGGAAGAGCAUUACACAUCCUUCCCUGACUCAUUUGAUGAGCCGGUUCUGGCAGUGCGCUUGGCACGAUCGCUUGGUUUGGACGCACUAGGAAAAUCCUUGGCCUCGGACACUUCCUCAAUUGAAAGAUCACCACAACAGGCACGGACUCAAGACUAUCCUCCGCAAAACCAGACUCGGCGAGCAGUAGGCAUGCAUCGAUCAACGCCCUCUUGGUCCUCUCAACAGUCGGUCUUCUACCAACAGCAACGGCAGCAGCAGCAGCAGCAAAUUGCCUCGCCUCACAGUCAGAAAGUACCUGCUUUGACGAGGCGUCUUUCUUCAUUUGGACUUGGACUGGGAUUGAUUUCAAAGCCGAAGGACUCGCUUCCUUUUAUCGAUAGGGAAUCUUUGAUCAACUCUGCUCAAGCGCACACCCGCAGUGAAAGCCAAGGAAGCGUUGACUAUGGCGGCUCGUCGCAGAUAUCCAGUCCUCCAGGCUCGAGCAGUAGCAGAACGGCAGUGGUAGCGCAUGAUCGAAACGUUACUGUGACAAAGGCUAAGAAAGGGAAGUUUGCAUUCAACAAGGUCCAGCUCAAGUUCCUCCCUGCUGCCUAUCGACCCCCUCGGCGCAUGACAAGCAACUUAUUUGAGAGUUAGAGCUAAAUAAAUAAAAGACCGCAAGGUACGCGU